GGCCUGUUUCGCCAUGGCCAUUGCUUAGACAUCCAGAUGCUUCACGCCAAGGCUUUGGCCGCACUGACCUUGGUAGCAGUCAAGGGCUACAGUGACGACAACAAAAACUACACAGAGACAGCGAUUCCUGACCGCAUUGGGGAGCCUUGCUUGGAGGCCUGUGGCAGUGGAGGCUGGUGUGCUUGGUGCGGCAUUCGAAAGGCAUGCUGCCAGGCGGGCAAUGGAGCCAAGGAAUGUGUGGGCGCCGAAGACGUAGCCAUUUCAGGAUACCGAUGUGCAAUGCCGACGCCAAAGGCACUGGAAACUUUGCGUGUAGUGAACUUCGAGUUCGAUGUCACAGGGCUUUUCUACGCAGCGAUUCGCGCGAAACCCCAGUUGAGAAAGGAACUUGAGGACAAGAUCAAGGCUUGGGUCACAAAGCUCCUGUUGUUCACAGUGCAGACCCGCUUCAUCUCCAUCCAAUGGAGCUUAGGCCAGACUGGAUUCAGCCAAGUGAGUCUCGUGGUCAUGGUUCCUGAGGCUGGAGAUGCCGGAAGGACUCUAGCAGCAAACAGGUUUUGUGGUGCCACGGCUACUGCAGCGAUCCGGGGUGACGCGCAGAAUUUGGAUGGCUUGAAAUUUGGCGAAGCGGAUACCAUGUCCCACAUAAGGCUUGUUAAUCGCCGAGUCAACGGGGAGCCUUGUGGAGAGGAGACGUCAAAACAUGUCGAGCGACUCAUUCAGAUGAUGAAGACGUCUCAAAGUGUUUGGCCAUGGGUGCUUGCUGGAUUCUUCACAGGAUCAUGCAUGACCUGCUGGCUUGUGAGCAUUUGUAAUGACUACUGCCGAACAAGGUCACCGAAGGCUUUACCGAGGAGGUUUCCUUCAGAAGGCAAGUGGCAGGGAGGGCCUGCAGCUUCUCCUGUUCCGGGCCCAUAUCGGGAAGAGGCACCUCUCUUGCAAUCAUCUGCUCCUCAGCAGCAGUCACAGGACUCUGCCCGGCAACUGGUGAUGCAAGGGCCGCAAGGUGUUCGCAUGCCUUCUGUGCCUGCGCAAAUGUCUGGUGCCUUUCAAUCGUGGAAUCCCAGUGCUCCUGUGUCAAUGACAAUGCGGAGCCAGUGAGAGCUCAUCAACUUCUGCGACACUUAGGUUUCAUUGAACAUAAGAAACAUA